AUGUCUCAAAAUCCCGAGGUCCUCGACGUGAAUGUCGACCCUAUGGGUCAGGUUAACCCCAAGGUCCCGGCAAACACUGAGAAGGAAAACACCUUCAAUACGCCUGCCUAUACCGCCGACGAGAAGGAAUUUGAGGUCGAGCGCGUCAAGUCCAUUGAUCACGAGCACCAUGACGACUUUACCAUUGACCCCUUCAAACCUUUCGACGACCUGCCGGACGAGCGCAAGACCAUCCUUACCAUUCGUGCUGUCUUCGUCGGUCUAUGCUGCGGUGCUCUUGUAAACGCCUCCAACGUCUAUCUCGGUCUCAAGACAGGAUGGACCUUCACUGCCAACUUGUUCGGCGCCAUUGCCGGUUUCGCCGUCAUCAAGUUCAUUUCCAAGGCGCUUCCAGAGCAUUUCCCGCUGCUCGGAGGCAGCUUUGGCCCGCGUGAGAACAACAUUUGCCAGACCGCUGCCAUGGCUUCUGGUGGUCUGUCCUCCGUCUUCGUCUCCGCGUUCCCCGCCUUGUACCAGCUCGGCCUCAUGGGAAAGGACCCAAAGGAGGACUAUUGGCGAAUUGUGGCCCUGACUGCUGUUUCUGGCUACUUUGGUUUCUUCUUCGCUACUCCUCUGCGUAAGUUCUUCAUCGUGUACGUCGCACGUGAACUGCGCCUCAUCUUCCCGACUCCCUCUGCCACGGCUAUGACGAUCCGGUCGAUGCACCAGGCCAUUACCGGCGAGGCCAUUGCGAAGAUGAAAAUGAAGGGUCUCUCCAUUGCUUUCACUCUCGCCCUGCUUCUGCGUGUCGUCUCACAGUAUGCCGUCGGCAUUCUCUGGGACUGGCAUUUCUUCACCUGGUUUUACAUCUGGGGCAACUACCACAACCAGGCCCUCGCCGUAGAGAACUGGGGCUGGUUCUUGGAAUGGACCCCGGCCUUCAUUGGCUCCGGCAUGCUCGUCGGUCUCAACGUCUCCAUCUCUUUCCUGGGUGGCUCUAUUCUCGCCUGGGGCAUCAUUGGGCCAGCCCUCAUCGUGCACAACAAAGCUUACGGCAUCAACCUUGGCGAGGGCGACCCAAAAUGGGACGGCUACACCACUUUUGCAUCGCUCAGCUUGGCCGCCUGCAACAAGGACUAUCCGUCUCCCCGUUACUGGCUCCUGUGGCCUGGUGUGCUCAUGAUGAUCGUCGUCUCCUUUACCGAGCUCGCGCUGCAGUACAAGGUCAUCUUCUUUGCCUUCAAGGCUCUGUACCGCGGGGUUGCCGCUGGUCUCUACGCGCUCGGCCACACCAUGGGCAAGGAGUGGGGCUUCUUCAAGAAGGCCGGCUCCCAGGCCGAAGAGGAUCUCGUCGAGGACUCGGCCGCGCCCCAUGAGCAAGUCAAGAUGUGGAUGUGGGGACCUGGUCUGAUCCUCUGCAUCAUCUGCAUCUGCAUUGUCCUCGGUGUCCAGCACGACAUGCCCGUCGGCAUGUCGCUCCUAUCCGUCGUCCUGGCCUUCUUCUUCUCCUUCGUCGCCAUCCAGUGCACUGGUGUCACUGACAUCACGCCCCUCACCGCCGCGUCCAAGGCCUCGCAAAUCAUCCUCGGCGGCGCCACCAAGGGUGAGCACUGGGAAAUCGAGCACGCGCAGCGGCUCAACCUGAUCGGCGGUGCCAUGUGCAGCAUGGGCGCCAACCAGUCGACGGACCUAGUCUGCGACUUCCGAACGGGCUUCCUGCUCCGCACGCCGCCGAACCAGCAGUGGCUCGCGCAGGGCGUCGGCACCAUCGUCGCCAUCUUCCUAGCGCCCGCCAUGUUCCAGCUCUUCAGCACCGCCUACCCCUGCAUCAUCGACAUCAACGCCGACACGUGCGCCUUCGCCAUCCCCUCCGUCUCCGCCUGGCGCGCCACCGCCGUCGCCGUCACCGACCCCACCUUCCCCAUCCCCACCUCCUCCGGCAUCUUCGCCAUCGUCUUCGCCAUCUUCGGCUCCGCCAUGGUCUUCAUCCGCCACUACUUCUGGGUCGGCCGCUACGAGUGGGUCAAGCGCUACCACCCCAACAUGAUGUGCAUCGGCCUCGCCUUCGUCCUUGCCCAGACCCAGUACGGCACCGCCAUGACCAUCGGCGCCGCCUUCGCCGCCGUCUGGCAGAAGAAGAAGCCCGAGCACUUCGACAUCUACGGCUAUGCGGUGGCGGCUGGUCUGAUCGCGGGCGAGGGUAUCGGCGGCGUUAUUAAUGCUAUUUUCCAGAUCGCGGGGAUCUCGGGCUCUGUCUACGGGACGCAGGCGGGGUGUCCGAUGGAGUGCUAG